CCCUGGUCUCGGCGGACGGAAUGCUGCUCCGGAGCAGGAUUGGGCUCCCGCUCGUCUUCCUGGGCGCCCUGCUCGCCUCCUCCGGGCUGGCUUGCGGGCCGGGCAGGGGCUUCGGCAAGAGGAGGCACCCCAAGAAGCUGACCCCGCUAGCCUACAAGCAGUUCAUUCCCAACGUGGCGGAGAAGACGCUGGGCGCCAGCGGCAGGUACGAAGGCAAGAUCAGCCGCAACUCGGAGCGCUUCAAAGAGCUCACGCCGAAUUACAACCCGGACAUUAUCUUCAAGGAUGAAGAGAACACGGGAGCCGACAGGCUGAUGACACAGCGCUGCAAAGACAAGCUGAACGCCCUGGCGAUCUCCGUGAUGAACCAGUGGCCCGGCGUGAAGCUCCGCGUGACCGAGGGCUGGGACGAGGAUGGCCACCACUCGGAGGAGUCGCUGCACUACGAGGGCCGCGCCGUAGACAUCACCACCUCGGAUCGGGACCGCAGCAAGUACGGCAUGCUGGCUCGCUUGGCCGUGGAGGCCGGCUUCGACUGGGUCUACUACGAGUCCAAGGCGCACAUCCACUGCUCCGUCAAAGCCGAGAACUCGGUGGCUGCCAAAUCGGGCGGCUGCUUCCCUGGAUCUGCCCGGGUGACUCUGGAGCGAGGGGGCACCAAGCUGGUGAAGGACCUCAGCCCUGGCGACCGGGUGCUGGCAGCAGAUGUGCAGGGGCGGCUGCUCUACAGCGAAUUCCUCACCUUCCUGGACCGGGAGGAACCCCCCAUUCACAAGCUGUUCUAUGUGAUUGAGACCCGGCGGCCCCCGACGCGCCUCUUGCUCACGGCGGCCCACCUGCUCUUUGUGGCCCCACCGCAGAACCAUUCCCAACCCCAGCCCAUCUUCGCCAGCCGCGUGCAGCCCGGACAGCGGGUCUACGUGCUGGGCCAAGGGGGUCAGACACUGUUACAGGCCGCGGUGGUGCACAGCGUGUCCCUGCAGGAAGAGGCCUCGGGGGCGUAUGCCCCGCUCACCGCUCAGGGCACUAUCCUCAUCAAUCAGGUGCUGGCAUCGUGUUAUGCUGUCAUUGAGGAGCAUAGCUGGGCCCACUGGGCGUUUGCCCCAUUCCGAGUAGUUCACGCCCUCCUGGCGAUGCUGUAUCCCAGCGGUCUCUCCUCCCCGGUCCUCUUUCCAGCUGCUGCACCAGACGAGGCACCAGCUGGGGUCCACUGGUAUUCCCGCCUCCUCUACCGCAUUGGCCUCUGGGUAUUGGAUUCUGAGAUGAUACACCCACUGGGCAUGGCCAGCUGAGGGUGACAGCUCUGCAAACUCCACUCUUACCCAUCGUAAGAGUAAAAUAAUACAAACAGAGGGGAAACUAAGAUGAAGAAAGAAAGAAAGAAA